AUGGCGUCCCUGUUAACAGACCCGUUGUUUGAGAAGUCCGGACGCGGUCCACCACCAAACAAGAACUUUUAUCAUUUUGCUAUCACCAAGUCAGGUGUGAUAUGGAGAUGGUGGAAGAUAUCUCCCAGAAAUGUGGACAGAUACUCCAAACCCGGGGAGUUGAAGGAGUCUCACCAGGACUUCUUAGAUGACGCUUUGCUCCAGAGUGAGGUCAGUAUGGUUUUUGGUCGUCGAAUCUUGCAGUACACCAAGGCGUUGUGCCAAGACCAUUACGACUAUCUGGAGCGCCUGUCUGACUCCAUACUGCUGCGGAUAAUAAAUGAUCUAGAACUGGAGGACGUGGGUCAGCUUGGACGAACGUCACACAGGUUCAGGGAGCUAUGUGGCUCAGAGGAGUUUUGGGAGCAGGCGGUGCAUCGUCGCUGCAACACAGUGUCCCCUGAAGUAGCAUCUCUGGCUCUGGAGGUGGGCUGGCGCAGCAUCUUCUUCACCAGCAAGCUGCAGCUGCAGAAACUGAUCAGCCGCAGGAGGCUGAAGGCAGAGGAGCCACCAGAAGGACAGCUCUCUGACCCAGAUAUAAAGGCAGAGGAGUCUCCGGGUGACAGCUCAGAGAUAGACCAGGCAUCUGGAUCUGAGAAGGAAUCUCCCCCUGGCAUUAUCCCAAAACUAAGCCUUGGCACUGAUCCUGGAGCUGGCUUUGACCACAGCUCCUACUGUGAUGUUGACCCUGAGUCAGAUCUAGAGGCUGGCUCUGACUCCAGCGUGCCUGCACUUUGCCAACUGUUUGAGGAAACAGGAAAACCCUGUGUGGAAACAACUGAGCAGAACAGUGCGCCGAACAACAGCAGAGGAGACUUCAGUGCAGAGCCAGAUAAGCCAUGA